AUGACAAAUUAUUUAAAACUCAUCAUACUAACAUAUUUCUACAUCUUUACAAUUUCAAAUUCUCUAAAGUCACAUAAGCACUCCUUAUAUAAUGAUCAUAUUCCAUAUCUGUACAAUUUUAAGACAAAAUUUUUCAAUACCAACAAAAUAUCUUUGUUUUCAUCGCUUAAUUGCAAAAUAUCAUUAGAAGAUGAUCCAAAAAUAGGAGUUAUUAUAGCUGGUAGCACUGGAAGUGUAGGCACGCAAACUUUAGAGGUUUUGGAAACAAUUUGUAAUUCUACACAUAAAGUGGUCGGAUUAAGUGCGAACACUAAUAUGAGAGCCUUGGCAGAUCAGAUCAUACGUUUCAGACCAAGAUAUGUUUCAGUUGGCAAUGAAAAUUGUAUUAAUGAAUUACAAACUUUAAUAAAUAUCCCUAAUGGCACUGAAGUUUUACAUGGAAAGCUUGGUUUGCAAACACUUUGCUCAGUUCCAGAAGCAAGUGUAGUUAUGAUGGCUAUUUCUGGUUGCAAUGGAAUAUUACCUACAAUAUCUGCGGCUGAACAUGGGAAAACAAUAUGCCUAGCCAAUAAAGAGACCAUAAUAUCCGCAGGACGAUUGCUUUUUAAUAUUAUUCACAAAACUGGAUCGAUUAUACAACCUGUCGACUCUGAACAUUGUGCUUUAUAUCAAUGUAUUUAUAAGGAAAUUCCUUCUGAUUGUGCAUUCGGAUUAGUUAAGGGGCCAUUCAACAAUGUUAAUAAAAUGAUUUUGACCUGUAGUGGCGGGCCAUGUUUGAAUGUUUCAGCCAAGGAAAUAUAUAAUAUAAGGUUUCAGGAUAUAAAACAUCCAGUAUGGAAUAUGGGAUCGAAAAUUAACGUCGAUUCUGCAACCCUUAUGAAUAAGGGAUUUGAGAUUAUAGAGGCAUACGAAUUAUUUGGAACACCCAUUGACCGCAUUAAAACUAUUAUACAUAAAGAAAGCAUAAUCCAUUCAUUGGUUGAGUUUAAUGACAAGUCUACUAUUGCACAAUUAUAUCUCCCUGAUAUGAAGCUUCCAAUAUUGCAAUCUCUAACAUCACCUGGUCAUAUGAGAAAUAGUUGGCCACCUCUAAACCUAGAAACUGUUAAAACGCUAACUUUUGACAUGCCCGAUUUCAAAAAAUUUCCGUGCCUCGGUUUGGCAUAUCAAGCUGGGAAACAAGGAGGACUAUACCCUGGUGUUAUGAAUGCAGCAAAUGAAGUGGCAAAUAAUGCAUUUAGGAAUGACCAUAUAAGCCUUUCAGAUAUACCUGAAAUCAUAAAGGCCACCAUGAAUGCCUUCAAUACUAAUGACUAUUCAUUUACGUUAGAGUCAAUACUCGAGACACACAACUGGGCGCUAGAUUAUGCAACUAAUUAUGCAAAAAAAAUUAAGUGUUAA